AUGUAUGGUUAUGCUCAGGUGCCACUCGGUGCUGACAUUGUUCACGAUUCUGACUCUCGAGAUGCUCUACAGGAGAAGAUGGACACUUUGUUCGUGGAGAAGCAGCACCUGGAAGAGCUCAUAUCACAUGCUCGGAAAGCCAAGGUGGAGGCAUUGCAGGCGAAGAAGCUGGCUGCGGAGCUCGCAUUCGAACUCAAUAUCGAAGACUUGUUACGAACCACUCAAGCCGACAAACUUCCACUCGACGGAGCACAUGCGCAAGCUCUCUCCGAUGUCCAGAAGAAGACUGCCGAGGUAAUCGCAGAGCGCGAGCACUAUGCUAGACUGGAGAAGGAACUUCGCACGAUGAAGGGAAAGCACCGAGAGUUGCCUGCGUCGCAGUCAAACAGUCAGACAGAGCUUGAAGCCAAGAUCGCUGCUGAGCAUGAUGCUCGAGUCCAACUCAAGGAAGAAUGCGAGCAUCUCCUGGCGAAGAAGCGGAAUCUCGAGAUUACGCGCUCGAACACCAAGACGGAGCUCCACGAAAAUAUUUCUGUAGCAGCUGCAGAGCACGCUCGCUUGGAAGAGGCGCUCGAUAGCAAGGUCGCCGAGGUCGCCGAGGAGUGCAGUGCACGUGCCGAGCAAGAGCAGGCACCAGAUACAGGCCGAGUUGAAAGCGAAGAAUAUUGA